CUGACUUAGAAUCAACGAUAGUCCCCAAAUACAGUAAUCAGGUUAUGAACUCUACGUGCUCUGAAUAAGUCAAUCGGUGGAAAUGAUUAAUGCACAUCUACAGACUUUGAGAAUUUCCGAUGUAGCAGACUCGUGUGAUGGAUGUGUCUCCUGUGGCUGGUGAAGGCCAUCAGCAACCCAUGGCUUCGACACCCUUGGACUCUCCUGAGGAGGACCAUCAGGAAACGAGUACAACUCUCCUAGCAAAACAAAACUGGCUUCAGGCUCAGAUAGACAACCACAAGGCAGUGAUGUUAGCAGGAUCUACUGCUGAUGAAGACACCGGUGGAAAAGCAGAUGUAUUGGCAGAUUUGGAGAAGAAACUUGUAGAUGCAUACAUUGAGAAAGAUAGGAAGGAACUGAUCAUUAAGAGGAUGCAGAUGGGAGAAUUUCUCAUAAAACAGUUAUUUGAACAGUCCACAGCAGACGGUAUUGACCCAGCAGAAAAGGAGAAGCAGACAGUUAGAAUAAAGUAUUUGAAGGAAUUACUUGACAAACAGUGUGGACUUGUGAGUGGAAUCAUGAAGAAUGUAAAGGAAAUGGAACCCAAAAAGAAAAGACUGGUUGAGCUAAAGAAGCAGAAUUUUGAUCAGAUGGGGACAAACAGACAUGAUAUGGAAGCUCUCCAGGAUCGACAGAAUCCGAAGGUUACGGACAACCAGGACCCGGAGACACAGCAACUGCUUGAAGAACUCGACAAAAGUCUGCAGAAGAUCACAAUAGUCCGUAAUACCCUACAGGCUGUCAUUGUAGGCAGUGGUAUUAACUGGGCUCAGGACCCUGCCAUGCAGGAACUGGUUCUGGAAAUGGGCAAGAAGCUAGAGUUGUAACACCUUUAUUACUCGGAACAGGUCACCACACAGAAUUCUCAAACAGGUCACCACACAGAAUUAUCAAACAGGUCACCACACAGAAUUCUCAAACUGGUCACCACACAGAAUUCUCAAACAGGUCACCACACAGAAUUCUCAAACAGGUCACCACACAGAAUUCUCAAACAGGUCACCACACAGAAUUCUCAAACAGGUCACCACACAGAAUUCUCAAACUGGUCACCACACAGAAUUCUCAAACAGGUCACCACACAGAAUUCUCAAACAGGUCACCACACAGAAUUCUCAAACUGGUCACCACACAGAAUUCUCAAACAGGUCACCACACAGAAUUCUCAAACUGGUCACCACGCAGAAUUCUCAAACAGGUCACAACACAGAAUUCUCAAACUGGUCACCACACAGAAUUCUCAAACAGGUCACCACACAGAAUUCUCAAACAGGUCACCACACAGAAUUCUCAAACAGGUCACCACACAGAAUUCUCAGACAGGUCACCACACAGAAUUCUCAAACUGGUCACCACACAGAAUUCUCAAACAGGUCACCACACAGAAUUCUCAAACAGGUCACCACACAGAAUUCUCAAACUGGUCACCACACAGAAUUCUCAAACAGGUCACCAUACAGAAUUCUCAAACAGGUCAAAACACAGAAUUCUCAAACAGGUCACCACACAGAAUUCUCAAACUGGUCACCACACAGAAUUCUCAAACAGGUCACCACACAGAAUUCUCAAACAGGUCACCACACAGAAUUCUCAAACAGGUCACCACACAGAAUUCUCAAACAGGUCACCACACAGAAUUCUCAAACUGGUC